AUGGGUCAGUCAUCAUCUUCGCAAGAUUCCACCACUGCUACAGUGAAUGAGAGCAAUGAUCAAAAGACAUCGGUUCAUUUUGAUUUGUUGAAUGAAAAUUCCGAGGAGGGAGAUGAUUCGGUAAAACCUCAUGAUCUCUCUUCACAAUUGGUGGAUUACUUUCCUGUGGAGACUUUCGAGAAGGAUAAGGAGUUUCAUAAGAAGAGAGAAUACUUGUGGACCUUUAUGAACAUUUAUUCUGGAUGUGCCGAUGUGGCGAGCACGAAUUUUAGUGGUCCGCAAGAUAUGAUGAAUCUUGAAAAUUAUGUUAGUUUCUGUUCUGCUAACGAGCUCAAAAAGCUACGUGAUGGAAAAGGCAUUGAUUGCUAUGAUGAUUUAAAUUUGAAUUUAAGAAAACAUCGAUCUCCUAAAAAAAUUGAUGAAUUGAUCGAUGACUUGAAUUAUUGUCUAGAGUCGAGCGAUCAGACAAAAGAAGAAUUGUCCAGCUUAUCAAAUGCAAGAAUGAAAUGGACAGAACCAAAUACACUCGUUCAACUCAUGCCUAGAAUUGGUCAAUUAUUGAAAUCGAAACAAAUCUCACGAGAACAUGAUAAUGAUCCAAGUAAUCUCAUAGAAACAUACAGCUUUGAGAAUAAGGACAUGGAGAAGAAAAAAGAAAUUGCCAAGUAUUUGGUCGAUACUAUUGCAAAGAAGCAAGCAAAAAACUACGAUGAUUGCAUGACCAAAGCAAAAGAUUUGCCAGAUCACGAACGUGUGUUAAAGAAUUGUGCUUCUGAAACUCUUCAAUUAGGAUAUUUAAUGGGAACCAUUGCGUGCAAGAAACAAUUAUUGGAUUGCAUUUCGCGAGAGAAUCAACCUUUUGGAUUUAGUCUUGCUGAGACUUCAGUCACCAAUUUUGUCAGAUGUGCCUCAGAAGUACCAUGUUUUGCCGAGCUGGAAUCUAUUUGGUCUCAAACAAGGUCAGAAACAAAAUAG